AUGGCGGCCCGUCUGGCUGCCGCCUGCGUGUCCUUCCUCCCUCACCAGCCUCUUCUGCCCUCAAAAGCCGAACCGAAAUGGGAAGAGGAAAAGUUUUUCUUGCCCGACACGUUUCAAAAGCUGCCGGAGGUGACCCCUGAAGGCGAGUCUGAGCCGCCGUCGCCCGGCGGCCCCGGUUCGAGCUCCGAGCCGGGGGCCCCGGGCCGGAGCGGCAGCGCCGCGCGCCUGGCCACGCUGGGCCCCGAUCAGGUGCGGCAGGUCCUGGAGCAGGUGGCCCAGGUUCUGCCCAAACUGCUUCCUCCUGCAUGCGCUGGACACAGCCCGUCUGAGCAGUCAGAGGGCGAGGGUGGCUGUCGCCUGCACACACUGCUCCCAGCCUGGCCCCGUGCUGAGCUGUAUCAGCGUUUACAGACCAGGAACAGGCUCAGAGAGCAACUGGAAACCAUCUGUGUCACGGUAACGUCUGGAGAAACGAAAGGUCAGGAAAGGCCGAAGCCCCAGCUGGCCACCGUCCAUCCCAGGACAGCCCGGCCGAGCCAGCCGCCCGGAAGGCACUGCCGCGUGUUGGGGCUCAGCGUCGCCAGCCCUCAGCUGCCCAGGGCACAGCCCCUCCUGAGCGCCCGGCCACAGCCUCCUGUCCAGGUGCUGCUCCAGAGGCCACUGCCCGCCCUCCAGCCGGUCCCUGCGGUGAGACUUGUGGCCCCCCAGGCGCCAAAUGGACUCGGCGCCACGUCGGCCCCUCAGUCAGCCUCCGACCAGCCAGCAGUAACAUCUGUUUCUUCCAGUUCAGCAAAUUUAUUUAUUUCCAACUUGCAUACAAAACACACUGAGAAACUAAAAAAACCUUUCAAAGUGAAAACACGUUCUGGGCGGAUAUCUCGACCUCCCAAGUACAAAGCCAAAGAUUAUAAAUUCAUACGGAUGGAGGAUUUGGCCGACAGCCACCCGUCCGACUCGGACGAUUAUUCAGAACUGAGCGUGGAAGAGGAGGAGGAGCAGAGGGACAAGCAGGCGCUCUUUGACUUGCCGAGCAGCUCCCUGAGGCCCAGAGCCUUCAGGUGUCAGACGUGUGGAAAGUCAUACAUAGGGAGGGGGGGGCUGGCCCGGCACUUCAAACUGCAGCCGGGCCACGGCCAGCCCCAGCCGGAGCCCCAGCCGGAGCCCCAGCCGGAGCCGUUGCUGUCUGAGAAAGCCAAGGGGAGAAUGGCCCGGGGCUGUGCGGAGGGCAGGCCCCGUGGCCCCACGUCCCCAGGACCGUCCACACCAGCUCCUCUGAGUGCGGAAGGGGCCCCGUCAGCUCGGGGUGGCCUGCAGGUGAGGUUUCUGUCUGGUGGCAGUGUCCUUGUUGCUGCCGUCACCCUUAAAGUAGCCUUUAUGGUGUUUGAGGGGUUCAGGCAGAGGCUCGAGCAGAACCAAGUCCCCUUUUGGGGGCACCUGGGCGCCUCCUCUCCCCUUGUUGCCCCUCCCAACACCAUCCAGAACGGUCAGCCUAUAGAAGUGGAAGCCGUGCUAGUGACGGAACCAGCAGAUGAACAAUACUCAGCCCUUUGGGAAUCAGAGAGACACCCCGGGCCUGAAAGGGGCUACACCCCGGCCCCCGCGGGCCAGAGCCGAGCUGCCAGGAGCAGAGCCGCGCUCCAGGAGGUUCUGCAGCAGUGUGCGCUCGAGGACCUCGUGGAGUUGGCUCUGCCCCGCCUGGCCCAGGCCGUGACCGUGUAUGAAUUUCUACUGACGAAGGUUGAGAAAGGUCAUCUAGCACAGCCUUUGUUCCCAGCCGUGUACAAGGAGUUUGAAGAGUUGCAUCAGAUGGUUAAAAAAAUGUGUCAGGAUUACCUCCGUGGCCCCAGCCCGCGUUCUCAGGAGCCCCUGGAAAUAAAGGAUCCCGAGGUUGCUGAGUCCUUGGGAAUCACGGAGGAAUUCCUGCGCAAGGAAGAAACACACACAGACGGCAUCCGACACACGUGCAGCGGCCGGGAGGCGGCCAGCCCGCCGGAGAGGGAGCCGAGACCGCAGGGGAAACGCUGUCUUCAGCGAAAAGGCCCAGAAGGGCAGCUCUGCCCCAGGAGCCCCCCGAGGCUUCCGCCUGCAGCGGCGGCCAGAGAACACCUGCGGCGUCCCCGGGCGGCCAGCAAGGGUUUGCCCCUGGAGUCAAUGGGACCGCCUGACCCCGGCGUGAGGAAGGCCACACCACACCGAGGUCUGCGGGCGACAGCAGCACGGGCUGGGCCAGCAGCUGAAAGCGCUUGCCGGGGUAGCAGCCAGGAGCCUGUGUGUGGAGCCCCCCUUGCGUGGGAUGUCAGUGGGCCGGGCCUUCACGCUCAGCCUGGACAGCCCAGCCGGGGGGCUGACCCGGAGCCGGCCGCAGCGAGCCCCACCGAGGGUGCGCAGGGACCCUCUUCAGACCUGGACGCCGGGGUCAAACCUGGGUGGCGGGGACUCCGCUGCGGCUGCAUGUCCGUGGGAGGAGUGCAUCCCUGCUGCCUGCCGGGGCUGGAGACCCCAAGUGCCGGUGAGGCCCUGCUCACACGGCUGCGGUCCCUCCGCCGGAGAAAGUCUUGUCCCUGCAGCCCCGUGUCCCAGCCGGGCCUCCGCUGUCUGCUCGGUGGGUCUCGGGGCCACGUGCGGGGCUUGGACCAGUUGCCCUUCGGGACCCGGCCACACACUGACCAGAGGGAACCAGAGAGCGUCAUCGCUGUGGGUGAGGCCGGCUUUGAGAUCGCCAGCGGGUGCCAGGAGCUGUUGUUUUCCCACGUGAUUGUCCUGGCCCCUCCGGGCGCCGUAGUGUCUGGGAGGCGGGCAUUGUCCAAUGGCCCUGAGCAGAGCGGCCUGCCCUGCAGCCAGGCCCGCCGGGAGGGCUUCCUCCGGAGACCGAGGCGCAGAGCCCUCCCGUGAGAGGGAGUCGGAGCGCAGCCGACUGACUGAUUUUAUGCAGAGGGUCUAUUUCAAGGCAGGUAUAUUUUUCUAAUGUGAAUACUGACACCGAGGAGCCUUUUAUUUAUAAAGAACGAUGUCUUUCCACCCCA